CAGACACUUUCCUCAACCGAGACCUACCUGUUUCCGCUUCUUCAACCAUCGCCAAUCCUUCAGCAGUCAGCCUCACAGGAGUCUUACUAACCUCGACAGCCACCAUCUUUUUUUCUUUCUUGCCGAUUUCCAUUCAGCGCUUUCGUUUGCUUAUGAAUGGAGAGCACGGUUUGACACUGAGACGCUACUCCCUAAUUGCGCUUCGAGGUUGCCCACCAUGUCGGAAAGCGACAAGUACGAGGUGCUGGAAAAGAUCGGCCAUGGCUCGUUUGGCGUCAUCCGAAAAGUCCGUCGCAAGGCCGACGGCAUGAUUCUCUGCCGGAAAGAGAUCAGCUACCUAAAAAUGUCCCAGAAGGAGCGCGAGCAGCUCCACGCCGAGUUCCAGAUCCUGUCGACCCUACGGCAUCCCAACAUUGUCGGCUACUACCACCGCGAGCACCUCAAGGCGACCCAAGACCUGCAUCUGUACAUGGAAUACUGCGGCAACGGAGACCUGGGGCGUGUGAUCCGGAACCUGGCCGAGAAGAACCAAUAUGCCGAGGAGUCGUUCGUUUGGAGCAUCUUCUCCCAACUCGUGACGGCGCUAUACCGCUGCCACUACGGCGUCGACCCGCCCGAGGUGGGCAAGUCCAUCCUGGGGCUUGGGUCGACGGCGAGACCAAAGCCGCCAGCCGGGGGGAUGACCAUCCUGCACCGUGACCUCAAACCCGAGAACGUGUUCCUCGGCGAGGACAACUCGGUGAAGCUGGGUGACUUUGGCCUCUCCAAGGUGAUGCAGUCUCACGACUUUGCCUCGACGUACGUGGGCACUCCCUUCUACAUGUCGCCCGAGAUCUGCGCCGCCGAAAAGUACACACUCAAGUCGGACAUCUGGUCGCUCGGCUGCAUCAUCUACGAGCUCUGCGCGCGGGAACCGCCAUUCAACGCGAAGACGCACUAUCAGCUGGUCCAGAAGAUCAAGGAGGGCAAGAUUGCGCCGCUGCCGGCCAUCUACUCGAACGAGCUCUUCUCCAUCAUCAAGGACUGUCUGCGGGUGAACCCCGACAGGAGGCCGGACACGGCCAUGCUGCUCAACCUGCCCAUCGUGCGCCUGAUGCGCAAGGAGAGAGAGGUGCUCGAGUUUAACAAGACGCUCAAGGCCAAGGAGGAGUCGCUCAACAAGCGCAUGCGGGAGCUCGACCAGAAGAUGGCGGCGCUCGAUCAGAACAAGGCGUCGCUGCGGCAGGAGAUCGACUCUUCCCUCCGGAGGGAGUGGGAGGUCAAGGCCCGGCUGGAGAUUGACCGGUUGGUCGCGCAGGAGAUUGAGCAGCUGCAGAGGAAGUUCGAGCAGGAAGUGCAGCUCCGAGUCGAGAUGGAGCUCCAGAACAGGAUUAGGGACGAGGAGUCGCGGCACGACCUGGGAUCCUCGGCCUCCAAGUCCGACUACCCACACUCGUCGAUAGGGAGCAAUGGGGCCGAGCUCUCGUCGACGACCGACAUGUCCGAGAUCUCUGUCGAGUCCCCCGACGCCUCCACGCACCCGCUCAAGAAGAGCGCCCGGACCCCGUUCACCCGAGCCCAGACCAUGUUCGCCAUGCCGCCCGCCGGCACGCCCAUGGACAUCGAGAUGGCCUCGCCCUCGCCCAUGACCAUCGCCUCCUUGUCUCUGUCUCCGCGCCGUAACGCCGGCGCCAAACCGCCGAUGGUCAACCCGGGCAACAUCUUCGCCGCCAACCAGAUGGCGGGCGAGCCCCGCUGGGAACCCGCACAGGACUCGGACUCGGACUCGGACGACGACAUCCAGAUUCCCUCGCCAACUCGCAUGAUCAAGUCGAGCAAGAACCCUUUCACCUCCAAGACCCGGCCGCAGCUGCACGCCCAAAAGUCGAUGCCCGUCCACCGCCUACAGUCUAAGCAAUCAGGGGCCGCGCUCCAGGGCAAGACCAUCCCCGUCGCGGCCUCGACGCCGGACCUGCAGACCGCCGUUAGGACCACGGGCGGCAGCAACAGUCCCGGCCGGCGCAUUAGCAAGAUCCCGUCGGCGGCCAACCUCAGGAUCAACAACGGCAGCGACAACUCCUCCUCUUCUUCCUCCGCUCCCGGGCCCCUCAACCACAAACCAUCCGCCAACACGAUGAACAACAAGAAGGAGGAGCAACAACAACAGCAACAACAACAACAGACAACCCAAACGACGGGUCCGCAACCGCCCGUCCUCAACAAACUCCCCACCGCCGGCGGCGCGGGCAAGAACACCAACAUCCGCGGCCGCACCCUGGUGGAGCUCCAGCAGGCGCGCGCAGGGGGGCGGCCCAUGAGCGCCGUCUACAGCAACGAGCUCGGCGGAGCGGGAGUGGUAGCGGCAGGAGGAGGGCCCAACGCGAGCCCCGUCCGAGCGUUCCGGGAACACGCGGCGGCGGCGAACCGCGGCGCGGCGCUGAUGAUGGCGGAGCCGGCCGUGUGGGACCCGGAGCGGGACGAGAUGCCGAGCCCGUUCCUGGUCCGGCGGAAGCAGCCUGCGGCGGCGGCCGCCGGCGGGAAUGGCGGUGGUGUUGGCGGCCUGGGCUUUGGCAGGGGUGACAGGGGCAGCGCGUGACACGCCACCUUCCCCCGAUAGGGUAGGAGGGAGGUUGGUGGGUGGGUGAUGGGGAAGAGGGAUGGGAAAGAAGAGGGCGGGGCAAAGGGAAGGGGAGGACAUACCCUCUUUCCCCUCCCUUCCAUCCAUCCAUCCACCCAUCCAUCCAUCCACACUU